AUGAAGUUCUCUGCCGCCAUCAUCACUCUUUCGGCCGGUCUGGCCACUGCGACACCUGUCUUCCGCAGCCCUGCGCCGGGUCGCCAUGUCUCUCGAUCCAUCAAGAAGCGACAGGUUCCCCAGGAACACUCUCACGACUUUGUCUUGACGAUCACUGGAGAGAUGCUCAGGCUUAAUAACCCCAAGGAGAUUCAGGACCCUGUUUUUGGCCUUCUGGGUGACGCCGCUGCAAAAGAGGGUGCAGGAAGCGUCACCAACCUCGCUUGUCUGAAGCAGGAAACUGCUGAUCAAGCUUUUACCAACGCCAAGGCGAUUGGCGAUCUUCGUGGUAUGGCUGGUGCACUGCUCUUCCAGGCUAUUGAGCGCAACACUGCUGGUGUUGGUGUUGCUAGCAAGCUGUGCGAUGAAGCUGCCGUCAAUCCUGAGAUUGGUGCUCUUACACAGCAUCAAGAUGCAGCCUCUACGGGUGCCGGUGCUAUCAACAAGGCUGUUACCCUUGAACUGGCGAAGCAGCUGGCUGGUAUUGGUGCUGACCCCAACUUGGCUCUGCUGAGUGGUACUUUCGCGCCUGGAGAUACCAGCGACACCACCGGAAAGGGCAACUCCUGUGAUGAGGAAGAACCCGACCUAGGCUGCAUCUUCUCGCAGGGUCUCCUCGUUAUGGAUGCGACAGAGGAUGAGAUCUCUUCUGCCGUAGCUGAUGUUACACCAACCUUCACCGGAACAGGCGGUAUCUUCGCCACCGACCUGGUUAACCUGGCUUCAUUCUCCGUCGCCUCUGGCACCGAGGUCGCUGAUCUUGCUACUAUCGUCAACGGAGCCGCUUCUGGUGCUCCAUCCGCUACCGACGCUGUCAAAGCCACUGCUACCGCUGAAGCACCGGCUGCUACCAACACCGGUAAAGCUGCUGAGAACACCGCUGGUGCUGGUGCUGGUGCUGGUGCUGGAAAGGGAUGCAAAGCCAAGUCAAAGACCGCAGCCAGCGCAACUCUGACUCCUCUUCCUAGCCGCACAUCUGGCGCUAGUACCAAGGCCACUGGUGCCGCCAACAAUGCCCAGGGUGUCAACGUCCAGACCUUCACUGGUACACUUGGUGGAGCGCCACCCCCGGUCAUCUCUUCAGCUGCCGAGAAGCCUUUCUCCGUCAACGGAAACACCUUCAACGGUGAGAGUGUUGCUCUCGGCCGAUCUUGUGAUAUUCAGCACAAUGCUUGUGCGGACGCUGCCAACUCUGGUCAGCUUUCGGGAGGCGUUGGACAGUGCGAAACCCAGUUGGCUGCUUGUCGCGCUGCCAUUCAGUAA